GUGUGUGUGUGUGUGUGUGUGUACGUGAGGCAUGUCGGCUACGAGUGACCGAGAAGGGAGGAAGUACUGAUCUCAAGAGCCUCUUCAUACAACACCUUCCCUCCUUUCAAAGUUCAAGGUAACUUUAUGGUUGCUCGAGAAUUGAAUAACCAAUUGUUAAUUAAUUUGCAAGCUAACAAAUGGAAACGCAAAAAGGCUUUGGAAAGAUGUAGUAACCAUAUCUUCCGCUAGAAGAUUGCCAGAGGCUUCAAGAGAAUCACACACCUGGAUUAAACGUUCGUCAAACUCGUUUAUGUGAAAACAGGACAGAACUUUGUUAAUAUUAGGAUACAAUCCUACAUUUCUACGUUACUCAUAUUCAGAAGACACGGACUGAACCCCAUAUUCUUCACUUCUCUCAUCAAGUCUAGCUCCAGUUUAGACAACUGGUGUAACUGCACUAGUGAAACAAUUUAAUACCAACGUGAGAGGCUACAGGUCUCUCAAGUAUAAUCAAAAGUUUGGCGUGAGAUUAUCAUACCUGUCAACGUUUGGGACGCGUUUGUUUCCCGAAGAUGAUAUCCAGUACAGCCAACUAUUUGUGGUGUGUUGAUGAUGUACUGGGUCAAGGAGCAACAGCCAGUGUCUUUAAAGCACGCACAAAGAGAACCGGUGAACGGGUGGCAGUAAAGGUGUUUAAUGGGUCGAGCUACCAUCGUCCAUUAGAUGUCCAGUUGAGAGAGUUUGACAUUCUGAGGAAACUCAACCAUAACAACAUUGUCAAGCUGUUUGCUGUUGAGGAGCUGGCAUGUAAACAGAAGGUACUGAUUAUGGAGUAUUGUUCUGGGGGCAGUCUGCUGAGUCUCUUAGAGGAGCCAGAACAUUCCUUUGGACUGCAGGAGCUGGAGUUCCGUACAGUACUAGAGUGUGUAGUCAAUGGAAUGAACCAUCUACGGGAGAAUGCAGUGGUGCACAGGGACAUUAAGCCUGGCAACAUCAUGCGUCAGAUUACAGAGGACGGGAGAUCCAUCUAUAAACUCACUGACUUUGGAGCGGCGAGGGCACUGGAAGAUGAUGAGAAGUUUGUAUCCAUCUAUGGAACAGAGGAGUAUCUGCACCCAGACAUGUAUGAGCGUGCAGUGCUACACAAGCCCCAACACAAGACCUAUGGCACGUGUGUGGACCUGUGGAGUAUUGGAGUGACGUUUUACCACACUGCCUCCGGCACUCUACCCUUCAUACCCUUUGGUGGAGCCCGUAGAAACAAAACUGCCAUGUUCAAGAUAACCUCAGAGAUCCCUGCAGCAGCCAUUUCUGGAGUACAGAGAGCUAAGGAUGGACCCAUCGACUGGGGCUACGACCUACCACACCACUGCCAGCUGUCACAGGGUCUAAGGGUACAGUUGGUGCCAAUGCUGGCUGCUAUUCUGGAGCCUGACCAAGGGAGGUGCUGGGAUUUCAAACAGUUCUUCUCUGCCAGCACAGACUUACUGCAGCGUGUGACAGUCUACGUCUUCUCCCUAAUGCAGGCCUCUGCACAUGUGAUAUACAUACACCACCAUAGCACGGCGUCCAUCUUCUAUGAGGAGGUAACGGCACAGACUGGGGUGCGGGUGGAACUACAGCACUACCUCUUCCUGGGUCAUGACCUCUUGCUGGAGCCCUCCAUGAAAGUGGUGAACUUCCCCCCCACCUCCCCCUCCCAGCCCCUAACACUGCUCAGUCGUGGGACAGAGACACACACAGGACUGCCUUACAGAGAGCCGGACACUUUUCCCAUCCCGUCCAAGUUUGACGUUGUGACAGACUCCCACUUCACCAGGGUGAUGGUAGGCGUGGUUCAUCAGUAUCUGAGGAUGGUUAAUGCCUUGCAUCAAAACAGAGAACGGCUACUACAAGGAUACUUUAGCUAUAUGAUGAAAAUGCGCAAGGAAUGUGGUGAUGCCAUACUCAUCAUAAGGAUGCUCAACAUGAGACUAAAACCUUGCAUCAACACAGAAUAUAGGCUGCAUAACCAAGUCCAGCACACCUCAGACCCUCCAAGCUCUAAUGAAAACAACCAGAUGAUGCGUCGGAUCCAAGAGCUCCUUCCUGUGUAUGAUGCUGGGAUCAGAGACUUCCAGAACCACCUGGAGCACCUGCACGUGGAACUGGCCAAAUAUUUUGAGGGCCUGGCCCUGGACAAGAGCCGGCAGAGGAUGAAGACCCUGCUGGAGAAGAUCAUAGCCAUUCAACAGCAGUACCGCAGGGACAGAAUUAAUGGCAACCUUUCAUACAAUGAUGAGCAGAUCCACAAGUUUGAGAAGAUCCAGCUGUCUACACACAUCAAACGUGUAAAGGGGCUGUACAGAGAUGACUGUCUCCAGAAGUACAAAGACCUACGGACCUCAGCUACAACAUGGAGCAGCAUUCUCCAUAACAUGCAGAGUAGGCUGGAAGACUUUGGCCAUUUGUCACGAGGACUGAUGGCUGACCUAGAGAUGUGUGAGGAACGCCAGAACAAGGUCCUCGACAACAUCCUGCUCCAGCCUAAUGGAGCAAAACGAGAGGCAGCAGAACCUUUGAGGGACAAGGACCAAAUGGUCCUCAGAAUGUACCAUCUGAAGGAGGAGAUGGAGAUUCUGGUGGGAGAACUACAGUGCAACAAUAGCAUCAUAGAGAGGUUGAGUGUAGUCAAUUCAGCACCAGCCGCAUCGAAGCCUGAUCUAGCAUGACUACACUGUGAUCCCACGACAGCACUCCACAAGCACACGUCCUCAUCAAACACGGUGAAAUAAAGGGAUGUAUGUGGACUUUUUUUGUUAAUACUGUUAUUUUGUUUGUUGGUGGGGCAGGAAAGAGAUGUAUGCUCUACUACCUCAGCAAAAAUUACAGUCCAUACAGCCCUCAUUAUCAUAGUUAGUGUUAUUGUAUUUUUAAUGGAGUGCCAGAGUGAUGGAUGUUCUGGCAACUCCUCCGGACUCCUCCCUGUGGUGUCCGACAGGUUACUGACCUUGUUUCCUCCAGUCACCCUUUGUGUGAAAGACUCUUAUUGACUUGUUAACUUUAUUAUUAUUGACUCAAGGCUCUCUUCUGCUGACUAGCUGGACGAUCCGAUAAGGUUGCAGAAGACUAAUAAAAAUAAUGCCUCAUGCCCAAUCAA